GGGAACUCUAGAAUAUUAUCCGGGAUUUCUUCUUUGAUCACGAUGUCCAAUUUGCACAAUUCGUGGGUGGAAGCCUGUAAGAAUGCGUUGGAGUGCAACACAUCCAUUGUAGACAACACUUUGGUUUUGGGAGAGGGAAGUUCGAACUCUGGGGGAGGAAGGCGUCGCUCUCCUAUGUGGACUGUGGAUGAAACGACCACCUUAAUUAAUAUCUGGGGCCAGAAUGAAAUGCAAAGGAGGUUACGAGAAAUGGGCAGAAAUCGUCCAAUUUGGAACGAUAUUGCAAGGGAACUAGAGGACAAUGGCUAUUUUAGAACUUGGGAACAGUGCAAGAGCAGACUACACAAUUUGGAAAGUCGUUAUAAGAAGAUUAAAGACGGGACAGUAAAAAAACAGGCAGGGGAGGGGUUGUGUGGCCUUACUUUGAUAUCCUGGACAAGGUAUGUCAAGUUAAUUAAUAAACUAAAAGAUGGAUUAUUCCUACUAAUAUAUUAAUCAUUCCCACAAAUGAAUGUCAGAUACUAGGGACAAGGAGAUCAGUUGCUCCAGCUGUUCUAAUUGGGAGCAUGCCAGUAGAUGAUGACGGACAAGAAGAAGAUUCCAGGUUUUUCAAAAGUCGACAAGUCUCUUUGUAGUAUUUCCAAUUCUGUUCUUGCUAGUGUGGUGGUGCCUGACAGUGACAAAGAAGACAAUGCCAGUUUUUCUAGCUGCAGGUUAGACAGCGAAGAAAGUACAGUCAUGAUCUCAUCCAGGUCUACAUCUCAUGAGCAGACACCUAUUAGUAGGUCUGGAGUUGAGGAUGAAGAGGAAGGCUGCAAUACAGAAAGGGAUGUUGAUGCCACUGCUGCGUUGAAGAAAGGGAAAGGAAAACGUAAAAGGACUGAUGACACAGGCAGGACUGCGGGACAAAAGAAAAUGAAAGGCAGUGGUACAGAGAAGAAAACAAGGAAUGAGCACCUCGUACAAUUACUGACCACUAAACUCAAAGAGAUGGAUGAUGAUAUGUUGGAAAAGGAGGCAGCAAGAAGAGAGAAGGAGGAGGAGAGUAGAAGGCAGUGGGAGGAAGAACAGGAUAACAAAAGAAUGACAUUCAUGAAGGACAUUAUGCAUGGCUUGUUUGAAGCCAUGAAGAAAUAAACCAUUAAAGUGUUU